CAGAAGAAAAAAUAACAGAGAAAAGAUUUCUUGCCAACUAUCUUGGGGACAAAAUGUUUAGGAAGAACAAGCACAGCUUCUGUGAAGGAGUUUCAUGGUUUGUUCCCGUGGAAAAUGUGAAGUCCGGUCCUAAGGAAAACCUGCCCCAGCAUCAUGGCCCUGGUAUCUGCUGGUUUGCACCAAUAACCAACACCAAACCAUGGAGGGAACCACUGUGGGGACAGAACUGGCAGGGACAGCACAUGGACAGCCACGGGGCACUAGCAGGCCCAGGCAGAGAGCCCCCAAGGCUGUUUGUGAGAGCCACGCUACAGGAAUCCCUUCAGUUUCACAGACCUGACUUUAUCUUCCGCUCUGGGGAGUGGAUAAAGUGUCUGAAGCUGAUAGUCCAGGAGAGGAAGCUGCAGAAGACGUCGCAGAGCGAGCGGGAGGCCCUGUUCAACGCUGUGAGAGAAUGGCAGGGCAGGGACCCUGUGCGCCCGCUUCUGAAAAGAGGCUUCCUGGAUGCCUGAAAGAACAGGCCUAUUGGGAAGAAAGAAAUGAUUCCGAGGUCUAAAUGGAUUUAUGAGCAGCUUCCAGAAGUUCAGAGAAAGAGAGACGAGGAGAAGAGGAGAUUGGAAUACAAGCCGUACCGGCUGCGAGCUCAGCUCUUCAAGAAGAAAGUGACCAAUCAACUCUUGGGGAGAAAAGUUCCCUGGAACUGA